AUGCCUUCUGAACGAGCGGCUCUUGGCUACGAAAAGGAUAUGAGGUUGCGUAAGAGGGGCCACGCCCUCUUCAAUCCUCACCCAGGAUACCACCAAGAUCCUGUUUCGCGCGCGUUGAACCUGAACCCUGCGGUGGAGAUUGGUGACGUCGGACUCAUCUUGAACGGCUCCUUCCACCUCUUGUUCAAUAUCCAUCGUGCAAAGGACGACCCACACCAGAUCAAGGGUACCCCAGACAACUUCGUUCCUCUUGAACGCGGGGAUAUAUGGGUUUACCCGCGGAAGAUCGCGCGGGAAUUCGUCGAGAAUCGUCACGGAGUCUCCGCAAACUUCUCAGUGGACGUAUCUGUUCCGGGUUUCGGUGGCGGCUCAUCAAAGCUCUCGUACACGCACGAUCAAGGCGCCACACUCAACUAUUUCGACCUUCACGAGGAGAGUUAUGCCGUCAAUCUAGAUGCUUACGAGAAGUACUACCGGGAACACCUCGCAGAUUGGUUGCGAUUUCUUAAGGCUCGCGGUUACAAACAGACAGCACACGACAUCGUUCUGGUUACAGGCUACGAACGUGCGCGCGCAUGGGCCACGACUUGGAGCGAAUCUAGUUCUGGAGGAGCAGAGCUCUCUCUUCAGGUUCAACCGCCGAUCCCAAUUGGGUUCGACGCCGGUGUUUCCCUAACGGCGUCGUUGAGCUGGAACCAUACCUCCAGCGUGGACGCUCUAUCUGGCCCAACCGAACUCUCUCUGCCGCUGUCGUUGGGUGACAGUACUUCUUCUCCUUCCCUGACCGAACAAGAGUCGCCCUCAUCAUCGUUGUUGACUACGUCUUCUUCAGACUCAACGGGCCGAGUCAUGAAGCCGUACUAUGGAGAUAGUAUCCAGCCAUCUUCGGCCGAGCGUCACUUCGAGUCGCCCACAAGCCCUUCUGCGGAUCAAUGCCUUUUCAUCAAAGGCUUCCGCGCUUGGGUUGUAUUCCGCAAGGACAAGGUCCUACGCUUACGAGGCGGCGCAAACUCUCGCAGUUCAUCGCCGUCGGAUCGAGUCGACGACGAGAGCCAGCUAGUACUAAUGGACACUUCGGGGUUUGACUCUGACGGUGCCCUGAGGAUAGAUGAAAUAUCCGAUGCAGCUCCUGCCGAAGAUACUAGUUUGCUAGCAUUCGCUCUCAAGACCGUCGCCGAGCUAUACGAACCAACGUGUGAGGAUGAUAUUCUCCUCAUGCAUGACGACGAGCUGAACCCGUUCUUACCGGACCCGGACAAUGUUGACACAAAGUGGGAGACACUCGCGGACGCCCAUUCAUACGUGACGAGUCGGCUGCAGCUCUCGCCUCCGCAGACUCUACGCAUGAUAGAAGGAUCGGGCUGGGUUCAAUCUCACGAGGACACGACUAACAGUCCCCCGCUUCAUGCGCUCAUCAUAGGGAUCGACAGAUAUCGGUCGCACCUGAUUGAGAACCUUACUGGCGCGGUCAACGAUGCAGAUGCCAUACACAACUUUCUACGCACGGAGCUCCGGGUACCCGAUCGUCAAAUCGUCAACCUACGGAAUGAGCGCGCUACGCGUGCAGCCAUCAUUCGGAAUGUCAGAGCGUUCUCGAGACCGGAGAACGGUAUCCGCAAAGGUGAUCCUAUACUGAUCUACUUUGCCGGAUAUGGUUCGAGUGCAGCUGCGCCGACAGAAUGGCGCACCAACGGCAGAGACAUAUCUCUGAUUGUGCCACAUGAUGGAUUGCUAGGGGACGAUGUAUUGUUCACGAAUGCCAUACCGAUCCGAAGCGUACACGCUCUUCUACAAGAGCUCACCAGCAGCAUUGGUGACAAUAUCACCGUGAUCAUGGACUGCUCGCACUCCGUGCCUGAUACCGCCAACGGUCUCGCACGUCGUGCCAGAUGUAUCAGGUCAGGUAGAGUGCACGCAGAACUUGACAACGACAUCUGGAGCGAUAUCGCGUUGCAAGACGAGCUGCGCGCGUCUUCCAAAUUCGACCAUCCCUCAGCAGUAGACUCCCAUGUGCUGCUUGCAGCCUGUCGCGACACGGAGGUCGCGUACGAGAGCAAUGGGCGCGGGUUCUUUACCUCUAAGCUCAUCGCCGCUCUGCAGACGCAUUCUGUAGAGCACACAACAUACGACAGUCUCAUGCAAAAUCUCGCGGACAUUCCAGGCCAAUCACCAUUCUGCUUAGGAGACCAUAGCGGACGCAUACUAUUUGACGCCCACGUCGCACAUGACAGGCGCGCGAUGUAUCGCGUCGACAUCUCUGGGUCUAUAGGCAUCGUUGUCGUUUGGGCUGGCUCGUUGCACGGCGUCACGCCCAACACCGAGUUCUCCGUCUACACGAGCCGCGGACUUCCUGGUCCAUCAGAUGGUCCUGUUGCAGUGGUCACUGCGAAAGAAGUCGGUCCCUUCUCCACAGAGACCUCGGGAUCUCUUUCUCUGGCGACACAACCGUGUUUCGCAAUACCUAACACCACCGCAGCGGUCGACGCUAUCCGGAUUCACUUCUCCUCCACGGAUGCAGCUGCCCAAUCGAUCAAGAGCGCUCUUGCUUACGCCCAUGAGCUGCCUUGGCAUUGGGGCGAACCGGGUAUGAUCGUCGAGGGAAACGAAAAGGUGCUGAGGGACACUAUAAGCAUCGGGAUGCACGAACUCGUGGAAGACGAAGAGGCGCUGCUUGACGACGAGUUGAACGCACCAUACGUCGUUCGCGACAGUCGCGAUCUUCAUCAACGGGGAUUUGCCGACGUCGUAGCGGAUGACCAGACUUACUACGGCAUGGUUGUCCGCAAUAACUCGGACGAUCCCUUAUACCUAUGGGCGUUUUACUUUGACUGUAGCGACCUAUCCAUCAUUGACUACUACCAGCGGAUGCAGACCGCGCGCGGUAUUGAGCCUUCAAUCCCUCCUCGCGGUCAGUUGACGAUUGGAUACGGUGCUGGCGGCGGGGCACCCUUCAGCUAUUUCUUGCGGCCAGACCAGGAUCUGGAUAUCGGCUUCAUCAAGCUGAUUGUCUCGCGUCAGCCCAUAGACCUAUCUGAUUUUCGGCAAGAGUCGCCAUUCCAUUCACACGCACCGUACGAGCGAGUUCCUGAUGAGAUCGAGGGCUGCACUCGAGGCAAGUUUCUCGACGCCAUCUGGAGAGAAACGUGUUAUACAAGCGCUGCCUUGAGCAAGCGGGUGCCGCAACGAUACGCUAUCGCCCAAGCCACUGUACGGGGUACAAUGACACGGAUGAGAAUGUACGGGGACAAGGAUCCGAGACAAUCAAUCAGCGAGUAG